AACACGAUCUUAACAAAAUGGCAGCUGCCGUUACUACUGUAUACGUUUGCCCUUUUUAUUGUGUAGGCUUUUACUUUGUAUUAUACACGUCUAUUUUUAUAAAUUGCUGUUCAGGUCAUUCAUCAUACAGAUUCUUUUCAACUAAAACACCGUAUGAAUGGGUUCACAAAUCUAAAAGCCUCACAACUGUAGAUGAAUGGUACUAUUUACCAGAGCUGAAAGGGUCAAGUUGCUCAGCUGUUCAUGCAAACGCCGUAUUGAGACAUGGUGCUCGAUUUCCAGGUUUAGAUGACGUUCAUGAAAUAUCUAACAUUCACGAAAAACUGUUAGUUUCACUAGAGCCUGAUGUUAAUCCAAACCUAUACAACUGGAUUAAUAAAUUUCCAUCCAAUAACAACAAAGCACUCUCACACUUGGGAGAAGAAGAGCAAGAAGCCCUUGGUAAAAGAAUUGCCCAGAAGCUAACUUCUCUUCUUGCUGAUGAAGACUUAAGUAGUUUCAGAUUUAUUGUUUCUAGCCAAGAAAGAACAAAACAAAGUGCAUCAUCAUUUUAUGAAGGAUUAACCAAUGUGUUGAACAAAGAAGAGGAUAUAGAAGAUGAAUUUGAUUCAGAAGUUAAUGAUGAAUUAUUAAGAUUUUUUAAUCUUUGUGAAAAGUAUGUUUUUGCUGUUGAAAAAAAUAAAACAGCCCAUAAAGAAUAUUACAGUUUUCUCCAAAGUGAUCAAGUAAAUGAAAUCAGAAAUAAAAUUCACAAAAAACUGAACAUGAAAGAUGAUGUACUAACUACAGGAAAUGUAAGGCUUAUUUAUUUAAUGUGUGGUUAUGAAAUGGCAGCCUUUAAGGAAUCCCCAUGGUGCUCUUUGCUGGAUGAAAGUGAUAUGGAGAUUUUAGAAUAUUUGGGAGAUCUAAAGCACUAUUUCAAAAAUGGCUAUGGAUACAAUAUAACAUGUCAGCAAAGCUGCCCUUUGGUGUCAGAGAUUUUUCUUACAAUGGAUGAAGUUAUCAAUGACAUUGAAAACUCCGACAGCGAAGAUGAACAGGAUGAAUAUAUUGUUGGGCAAUUUGCAUUUGGUCAUGCUGAAACCUUGGGGCCUCUUUACUGUGCUCUUGGUUUGUUCAAGGACCAAGAGGGAUUAAGAGCUGAUAACUUUGAUAAACGUCCUGAUCACAAGUUUCGUACUAGUGAAAUCUUGCCUUUCUCUGCAAAUAUUGUAUUUGUUCUUUAUGAGUGUGUACCAGAGGAAUUAGGAGAAGAUGAAGAGAUAGAAGAAGCUGACUAUUAUCUGAAAAUGUUCAUCAAUGAAAAACCUCAUGUCAUACCAGGCUGUGAAAAGCUUUACUGCCCCUACAAGCAAGUCCGACAAUACUAUCGAAAACUUGUAGAUGAAUGUGACUUUAAGGGUAUCUGUAAGAGAUCUGCAGAGCGAGAUGAGUUAUAAAGCUUUGUGUUACAUUUUUUUUUAGUGUUUAUACUUUUGGUAACUUUUUUAAAACAUGGGUUUUAUUUUUUACACUUUUGUUUAAUUAACACUCUGAGAUACAAGUUUUUUUAUUUCUUGCAUUUAAUUUAUAUAUUUGUGUUCAAGCUGAUUAUAUAAACAUGUUCAUACAUUUAAAAAUAAUCAGUAAAGUGUUAAUUUAAAAAAAUCUUUUAAGUAUUAGCACUUUUAGUUGUGCUUUUUGAUUUAGUAUUUUCCCUAAGGUUAUUAGUUAUAUACUUUAUUUUCUUAACAUUGAAAGUUUAAUGAAUGCAGGAACAAAUUGGUACAUGUACCAUAAAGUAUUAGAAAUUCUAGUAGUGGUACUGCUGCAUAGUGAAAGUUUGGUGCUGGUAAAAAUGAUGUUUAUCUAAUUUGCUGGUUGUGUUCAGUUUGUAUAGAUGUCACUGUGUGAUAAAGUUGGUAACGAAAUAAUUUUACAUGUUCAGGAUGAAUGGUUAAGUUGCUGCUGGUAAGAUGCCUAUGACAGUUUGUUCUUUAAACUAAUAGCAGCCAGUGGCUGUGAAGUUUGAUUCAAACAUGCAAUUAGAUUAAAGGAAAUGUUACAAUAUAGAUCUAAAUGUUACACAUUGGUUUCAGGAUGAAAUGCUUAAAAGGGCAUUUUUUAAUGGACAGUGAAAAAAGCAAUUUUAAUACUAACUAUGAUAAAUAUUGUUUUUAACAUUUUUAAAAUCCUUUUAACCACCAAUCAGUUCCUGUACCUAUAAUUAUGUUACUAUAACUAAAACUUACAUCCAUUUGCCUUAAUGAAUGGAAUAUAUUUGAAACUUAUAUCUCUAGAGCCACAAUUUUUAUAGUAAAAAUAUAUAAUAGAUUACACUACACAAAUCCUUAGCAUGAACCUUCCAAAUUCAAUUAAUUGUUGUCCAAUAUUUUAACUUUUUGUUGUAGUUUGUAGUCAUCCACUUAUUUUGUUUUAUUAUUGAAAAUUGGUUUUACCAAAAGAUUGUACUAGUACAAUGAAACUUGGAUGCAGAAAAUUUAUUUUGUUCUAGUCUGUAUGUCCAUCACAACUUUAAAAGGUAACUAACUCUUAUUUAUAUUUUGUUACUUUGUUAAAGUAUACUCAUGUGGGUUUAGUAGAGUAUAGUUGUUUUAGUGCUAUCCAUUACAAACCUAAAAACAGCCUUGAUGUGCACCUUUUGAAUAUCUCAUCUUUUUUCCUUUUUUGUUGACAUUUUAUAAUUAGUUGGUAAAUAAAUUGUUUAAAAAACAAA